CAGCAAGGCACACUGGCAAAGAUGGCGCAGGCUGGCGAGGGAGGAAUGGAUGAUUUCGCUUUUAUCACGGGAGAUGCGUUAACCGAAGAGUUCGGUGAAAAGCUCCUAGAUUGUCUUAAAAGUUUGACAGUCGCUUUCCGUUCUCCAGACUUCAGAGCCAGUGCCAAAGAGGAUGUCUUGAAAGCACUCAAAACUCUCCUUGAAAAGUCAUUCGCUUCCAUGAAGAAUUUGGAUGGAGAGGUUGAGGAGACAUCCAUGUGCCUUCAGGUGGCUGUUGAAUGUUUCCGAAGCCUGCGAAAUGCCUGCAUCCAGUGUUAUAACAACCAGUGUCGGUUAAGGGAACUGGGUUUCGUUGAAACCACUACUGGAAUUCUCAUUACUGUGCAGAAAUGUAAAUACGAGGAAUCAGACUCCCUUUGCAACGUUCUGCACUGUGGGAUCCAGUUUCUUGGUAAUUUAGCAGUACAGAACCAGAGCUGUAAAGAUGACAUUUGGGAGCAUGGUUUUCCUCCGCUGUUUUUGGCUCUUUUGGACUCAAGUGAUCAGAAAACAGUGGCGUAUACUUGCAUGGCUCUCCAUACCUGCCUUAACGAGGACAAGGUGGAACAGAUGACCCAGGAGCAGGACUCCUUUGCAGUGGCCCAGAAGGUGCUAGAACUCUGCAGGACACAGCCAGAAUUAGACUGGACGAUUCUCAUUGUAACGGAACACUUCCUCAAGUCCCAGACACUGAUUGAGAUGAUGUUGUCCACCAUGAGCCCACAGGAAAGGUCGACCCUGCUGGAGCUGAUCUCGGCUCACCUCGGCGAGGGUCGCGAGGAGUCGGAGGAGUGCGGAAUCCUUCCGGCCACAGCUGAGUUCCUGGCCGGCUCCUUCAAGGACAGCUGCAAAUCGGUUCUGUUGCUCGACUCCGGUGACUCCUCAGACGACGAGGAGGCAGUCAUUGUGAUUCGACUAUUGGAUAUUCUCUGUGAGAUGAGCUCCGGCCUAAAGGUGUUCAGGAGUCUUCAGGACCACCCAGAUCUUCUUGAAACUGCUAUUGUGCUUCUGAAAGAGGUGCAUCUCCUGGGAAGGGAGGGCAAGAACGUGUUCAGCUCGGCCCAGAACUUCACUGACAUGGGGACAGGGACAGGGGGCGCCUCUUCUCACCCCAUCGUCAGCUUCAAGGCCCACCUGGUGCGCCUGAUCGGGAACCUGUGCCACCAGAACGCCACUAACCAGAACAAGGUCAGAGAGUUGGAUGGCAUCUCUCUCAUUCUGGACAACUGCAGCCUCGACAGCAACAAUCCCUUCAUCUGCCAGUGGGCAGUCUUUGCCAUCCGAAACAUUCUGGACAACAACAUGGAGAACCAGCAGGUGAUCCAGUCCCUGAAGAGGCAAGGCGUGGCCGACGACUCCGCCCUGAGGGACAUGGGCUUCCGGCUGGAGGAACGGGACGGCAACCUGCUCCUGCGACCCUGCAAGAAGGACCCCAAAUAACCCUUGGAGACACAGGUCAAAGGUCACAGUGGUGCCUCAGCUAACGACAGUGUGUCUGUCGCAGGUGCUCUCCUUCCUAUUCCCAACUCUAGUUAUUCUCCAGUGUAAAGACCUGGACCUACCAUAGUGUACUUGGCUGGACUCAAAGCGGUAGUGUAGGUGACUGAAAUGGGUCAUGUAAGGUCGACUGACGACACGUGUCCUUACAUGACCCAGAGACGUAUGCUGUUGUUUUGAGUUUGCUAAUAUCUUCCUACAAGAUGACGGCCCUCAAGCUCAAGGCAACUCUUGGUGAAGCUGUUGGCAACAAGACGCAUUCUAAAACAAAGCUGACAAUCACUUUUUUGUAUUAUUUAUUUAUUGCUUUUGGACUGAGGACAUUUUGGCCUCGCUCAGGUUGGACACCAAGUGAAUGGACACUGACAGUUCAUGCUCUGUACCAACAGAGCUUUUAAACUUAAAUUUGGCUGGGGAUACCUCACUGAAAAGCAGAGAUGUGACUGAACUUCCUCAGCUAUACCCUUAUCACGUGUAUUCUUACGUAUUGUUUUGGAGUGGUUUGCAUUUUCUGCCACAUAAUGCUAAAUUAAGCUGGCAAUCUAAAGGUGAAUAAAAUGAAUACUGAUCAGACGGUGAUGUUCUUGGAGUGCAACAAAAAUGUGUUUAACACCAAUGUGAAUUUACAAUAACCUAUUUGUUGCUAGGGAACAAUCCUAAUGAUUUUAUUGUCAGCAAUUGGAAUCUACUCGAGCACUAAAUGGGCUCAACCCCCGUAAGUCAUAGAAUCUAAGUCAUAAAUCAAGGCAAUGAUGUGUUCUUGCUUCCUAGGGUACCGUCUGACAUAAUAUGCUAGUGCUUCCUUCAGUGCUUACCUUGACAUCACUUCCCUCCCACUUCAUCACAAAAGAACACAGGAAUUAAACUUGACCUACAAAUCCAGUGAUGUACAGUAAUAUGAAUUUGGAUGGAUAGACUCUUUCUCAUUCACCUUCCAUACACUCCAGUUGCUGUAAAGUAGUUUAAAAGCACAAAUCUAACAACUAACACGAUCUGAAGCGAUACAUUUGUCAAUUGCAACACCUAGCUUCUUCUGUUGUUGUUUUUUUCAUGGUGCUUACUAACCACUUUUUUUCCAAUUCAUACGUAUGAAUUAAUUUAUGAUCAAUUGUCAACACCAGCCAACAGAUUUUAAACUUUUUUUCCCCCUGAGUGCCUCCAUUGAGUUCUACAAUGGUUGCCAUGUUGGUCCGCCAUUUUGAGACGACAGUCAGUCCCCCAAUGGCACCAAGCAGUGGGAAAGUACAGAUUUUACAUUUCUCAUCCCAUUGUGUGAUAUACAACCUCACCCACCACCACUAGACGGGAUAAAAUCUUACACAGGAAAAGCUUCGACUAACAACUUCCCUGUUGGAAACGAAAACGCUGUAUGCCUUCCGACUCCGUUCCCCGACCAGGGACAACAGAGCCUAAUGGCGCAAAAGUGAAUCAGACCAGAAGCAUUAGCUUUGCAGAAUCACACCUCCUGCCCCGGCGUGAAUAAGCUGAGUCGUCCUGACACCUCCACAAUGGGCCGCUUUGCAGACCGGUCCUCCCAUUCAUCCCUCCCUGUUUGCUCUGCCUCAUAUUUUUUAAUGACAAAAUGUUUGGCUGAAACAAUCGGGUUUACUUUCGCCCAAUCCGCCGUAUAGUUCGGGGAGCUUAUGUGGUUCCGGUCCCCAGCGUUUCAGACAGCUAACAAAACACGGCCGUUUACUUCUGCACCGGUGGCUGCCUGUAAUGCUUUUCACACACAGGAAAAACCAGUAGCGAGCGUUUGGCUGGUAGACCCGAGGUGGAGCCAGGCCGGCAGCGUUCACGCCUCGCUCCAACCAUCACAUUAGCCGCACAUCAGCAUUUCCAAAUCUGACCCUUGAUUGUUAUUAUGUUUUAUUGUUAUCAUUAUAGUUCUCAUCAUUAACAUCGUUACUAUACAAGAAACCCCACCCUGUACAACAGUAGUAGUAGUAGUAGUAGUAGUAGUAGUAGUAGUGCUGGAUGAGGUUGUGAAUGACUUGAUCGUCAAAACACCUUGCCUUCAGUUUACACAAUAAAAAAACACAAGCCCUUUCAAUAUUUUAUUGUCCAAUCAUGUACUGUGUUUGUACAUAAACAACUCUGACUUUAUUGUUAGCAAACCGCUUAGAAUUGCUGACCUAGAGUUUUGCAAUUUUGCCAAAUUAGAUUUUUGAAGCUAAGCACAGAAGUUGAAUGGAUUGAUAGUCACUAGAUACAACCAGGCAGGAAAGGAAAGCAGGAAAUAAAAUGAUCUCUGAAGUAAGCGCUGAACCUGGGAUACUUGGAAAACAAUGUUUUACGUACUUUUUUCUCUCUCUGGGACAAAAAUAGCAACAUACUAUGAAAUUUGUACGACGAGGAUAAGGAAAAUAGAAAUAAUGCAUGACAUAAAGUGCCAUAUCUUAUACAUAUAAAAAAAUAUACUUUUUGAAAUUUGCCAUAGUUUUAUAUUUAUAUAAAACCCCAUAUAAACAAUUCAGAAUAAAAAGGAUGCCCCCAAAAUAGCUUGAUGGCCUUUGACCGUGUCAAAAACCCCCCAGCUGUAUGGUUAGGCAAAUUCCAACAGCUUAGCCAUUAAGGGAACUCCCCUGGAAAAGACCAUUUAACAAGCAAGGACCAGCGAAGUGGAAUUCCAUGUCUGGUGCUCAUGGGAAAGUUCUAUGUUGGGUAGGACCAUAACAUUGCAAUAUCCAUCCAGUUUCAUGUGGCCUCAUAGAGACAAAAGUAGGGCUCCAAAACAUCACCAUACCAACAGAGCUGUAACAGGCUGAAAAAAAUAUCACUUCACUAACUCGUAAGGUUGUUGAUUCUAAGGUGUCUUCUGAAAUGUGCUCUAAAUACCGUCUCUAUUACAACGACAUAUGCCUAUGUGGUUAUAUGUUUCACUAGUUAGAUAUUUCACGGUCAGUUGAAAAAAAAAAAAUUAUGAUUCUUGUCUUUGUUCGGCAUGUCCAAAAAUGUUGCUAAAUAUCUUCCACUUCAUAGCUGGAGUCCAGUUGACUUGAAUGGCAAAGUAGCAAUGAAAUCGUUUCCUUUCAAAGAUCAAACUUAAAAAGACCCAGGUCCAGAGCCCAUAUACCGGUAGGGUUAAGCACCACUACCUAUGACAUAAAUAAAUCCUCUUCAGUGUUUUAGAAACAGUGCGACUCGACCACGUAAAAUAUGUUGCCGUUUUUAGCGACCAGUUACAUCUCAAAAAUUCAUCUCACAAUUCAUCCAUGUGCCCGUGGCAUUCAAACGGCUCUAAAUAGGCAUUCCAGUUUUACAUGGGAUCUCCUGCAUUGCCGAUUUGUCCCAUCGUUUUUUUUUUUCCUCAUUUUUUUUAAGCCAGGGGAGGGAGUAAGAUCCAGUUAACGGGUUUCUGAUCCAUCUUCUCUUGAUUUAUGUGCUUCACAACACAAGUUCCCCAUUAGUGGCCUUUUUGAAAUAGUUCAGAUAGACAGACAGUUUGAGGGAAGAAAUUUUCUAAGAAAAUGUUUUGUCCUUUCCCCUAAAAAGAGUCAUCUUUUGUGCAAAAUAAAGCCAUAAAAAAGAGA